GUUUCGUGCAAGUCGCCGUCUGUUUUUUCUUUGUUGGCACUGGUGAAGAGUUUCAAAUGUCUGGAAACGCAGAACUGGCCAUAAAAUUUCUCGUCGUUGGUGGCGGAAUUGCAGGCCUUGCAUGUGCGAUAGCACUGAGGCGAGUCGGCCAUCACGUAGUCGUUCUCGAACAAUACUCUGAUAUAGACAUUUCGAAGAUGUUGCACGGAGGCAUUCGAUUGCCUCCAAAUGCCUCAAAAGUUCUCUUUCAUUGGGGCCUCGAGCGUGCUCUUCGGCAAGUAUCCGUGACAUCAAGUGCUAUAAAUGUUGAAAUUUACGAAACCGGCGAGUUUAUUGGUACACACCGUUGGGAAGAAGAAGUUCUGCGAGAAACUGGAGGCGACUUCCUCUUCCUGCAUGCAUUUUUGUACGAUACUGCUAUAGCAGCAGGCGCUGAAGUGCGGGCAGGCACAACCGUUGUCUCUGUAAGUGGUGAUGGCCCUCGCGUGACUGUAGUGCAAGAAGCCAUUGUCGGUAAGGAUGUUCUUGACGCAGCGCCAUGUCAAUCAUUAUUCUACAAUACUACUGUCCCGGGAGCACUUAUGAGAGCCGAUCCUCAAUUAGCAUCCUUCUUCAAACAACCCGUUGAGACUAUGUUUAUUUGGUUGGGCAAUAAUCGUUCGGCUGUGGCGUUCCGUAUGGGUGCUAAGGACGAGUUUGCGCUACAUAUGUGGGUGCGUCCCAUGCAAAAGGGGCUAUCUGAUGAUGAUUGCUGGGGAGGAGGCCUUGAUUUAAAGGAGAUGCAGCGGCAGCUUGGAGAAUGUGAACCGAGACUCUUAAAGAUGGCCAAACUGGCUGCCACACCUGCCUGCGUACAGGUCAAGAUGAUUCUACCAAUAGAAGAUUGGGUUGAUGAACAUGGUCGUAUGGUAAUUAUAGGCGAGGCUGCACAUCCACUUCCAGCAGGCUCUUUGCAGGGUGGCGCAAUGGCUGUAGAAGACGCCGCCGUGCUUGCAAAGCUUUUCUCCCAUCUGCGAAAUCAGGACCAAAUAUUGACAGUUUUACAUGCUUUUCAAGAUCUUCGCGAAGAUCGCUGUGCUAGUGUCAUGCAUACCGAACAAUGCAAUCUCCAUUUCCAAAUGAUGCCAGCUGGUCCUCAGCAGGAGCGAUGCAAUCAGGAGAUGCGUGCCAGGACUGCUCAAGGGGGAAGCGUUUUUGGUGUAAGUGAAGCUUCUGAACAAUGGGAGCAGCUCAAAGAACUUUGGGGAUACGAUGCUGACGACGAAGCUGACGAUUGGUGGGCCAAGUGGGGCCUUCUCCGCGAACGAGCCAAGCAGCGAUUGUUAGACAUGGAAGCAGAAAUGAACACUGCACGGCUGAGGAGUCUCCGUGUGCGAGCAUAAUGAAUCCUCUCCCUCUCUUUAUUAUAUUA